UGAGGUUGUUUGUGGUCUGAUCCCAGCGGACUUCUGCUCAGCUCAGGAAGAGCUAGUGGUGGACAUCUGGUGGACAUCUAUGUUGGCUGCAGCCAACAGCCAAACCUGGGACCCUAUCAUCAGCUGCUAUCCUUUUUUCAUUGCAUGGAGCAGUCGUGACUUUACAGAAACUGAUUUGCUGUUUCAAUACCAAAGCUGGAGAAUUGACGCUGGUUAAUGCAUAUAGCUCUUACCUCAACUCAACUUGAAAUGAAUGCCAACAGUAUGCCUAAACAAGUGGAGGUCAGGAUGCACGAGAGUCAUCUAGAGCCAAUAGAAGCACGGCCUCAGUCCAAAUGUGCCAGGCUCUGCUCCAAGAUGUUCAAGAACCUUCUGCUCACACUCACCGUUCUUGGUGUGAUUUUAGGAGCAGUGUCAGGGAUGUUGCUUCGUGUUGCCUCCCCAAUUCACCCAGACAUAGUCAUGGUCAUUGCCUUUCCUGGCGAUAUCCUCAUGAGGAUGCUGAAGAUGUUGAUCUUGCCUCUCAUCAUCUCCAGUUUAAUCACGGGACUGGCUGGUUUGGAUGCCAAAUCUAGUGGUCGUUUGGGUACCAGAGCAAUGGUCUAUUACAUGUCCACAACUGUCAUUGCUGCCAUCUUGGGAGUUAUUCUAGUAUUGGUCAUCCACCCUGGAAACCCCAAACUGAAAGAGAAUCUUGGAGAGGGAGAGAAGAAUGAUGAUGUGUCCAGCCUGGAUGCCUUCUUUGAUUUGAUCAGGAACCUGUUCCCUGAGAACCUGGUGCAGGCUUGUUUCCAACAGAUCCAGACAGUGACUAAGAAGGUCGAAGUGGUUAUCGAAGAGGAUGUCAAUGCCACCACUAUGGAGGGCCUAUUGGCGAAUAUUACCAAGGAGCCUCAGUUUGUCACUAAAAAGUCCCUGCAGUUCAAGAGUGGAAUGAAUGUCCUGGGUCUGAUUGGUUUCUUCAUUGCAUUUGGCAUCUGCAUGGGCAAGAUGGGUGAGAGGGCCAGACUGAUGAUUGAAUUUUUCAACAUUCUCAAUGAGAUUGUGAUGAAACUUGUUAUCAUGAUCAUGUGGUAUUCCCCCUUUGGUAUUGCCUGCCUAAUCUGUGGUAAGAUCAUCUCCAUCAAAGAUUUGGAGGUGGUUGGUAGGCAGUUGGGAAUGUAUAUGGUCACUGUCAUUGUUGGCCUCAUCAUUCAUGGAGCAAUCUUCCUGCCUAGUAUUUAUUUUGUAAUCGUCAGGAAAAACCCCUUUAAAUUCUUCUUGGGCAUCUUCCAGGCAUGGAUCACUGCCCUGGGCACUGCAUCAAGUGCCGGCACUCUGCCAGUUACUUUCCGCUGCCUGGAGGAGAACUUGGGAAUUGACAAAAGAGUUACUCGUUUCGUGCUCCCAGUUGGUGCCACCAUCAACAUGGAUGGAACUGCUCUGUAUGAGGCUGUAGCUGCGAUCUUUAUUGCACAGAUGAACGGUGUUCACUUGGACCCUGGUCAGAUCGUAACUGUGAGUCUCACAGCCACUCUGGCCAGUGUGGGGGCCGCCAGUAUUCCCAGUGCUGGACUAGUGACCAUGCUCUUGAUCCUGACUGCAGUGGGGCUGCCAACCCAGGACAUCAGUCUGCUUGUUGCUGUUGACUGGCUUCUUGAUCGGUUCAGGACCUCUGUGAAUGUGGUUGGGGACUCCUACGGUGCAGGCAUCGUGUACCACAUGUCCAAGGCAGAGCUUGAAGAGCUGGAUGCGCACAUGGCUAAAUCAGACGACAUCGAAAUGACAAAGACCCAGUCGUAUUAUGACGACAUGAAGAACCACCAUGAAAACAAUUCCAACCAGUGCGUCUUAACGCCUACCUCAAAUGCUAACAAUUCUGUCGUAGUAGAUGAGUGCAAGGUAACCUCAGCCACAAACGGUUCUGCUGCGGAGUGCACGCUUGUUGAGGAGGAACCAUGGAAACCUGAAUAAUGGGCAGUGCAGAGAUCCCCUGCUCCUGGGCUCCACAAGCUUUCCUUUCUGGUGAUGGAAAAAAAGAGUGAAUGAAAAAAAUCAUACGAACAGAGCUACUAAUGUUUAUUAUGUAGUCUAAUUUUCAUUAUCAUUAGUCCCUUUAAGAUUCUUUUUGCGUCUCUCUGACUGAUAAAUACUACUAAUUCACUUAACUGUGAAAAGGCAACAGCAGCACACGCUUCCUGUUAGAGCACAAUUAUGUCCUUAAUAGCAGACUCUUGCACAAUAUGCUUCAAAGUUGGAGGAGGGAAGGAAGAGAAACACCUGAAAUACUACACUCUAUUGCUAGCAAUACAUUCCACUUGAAGCGUCUCAGAGGCGAUUGUUAUUGUAAUGAAAGUGUAAGUCGGCAUGGCGACCACUUCUCUGCUUUACUUCCGUUUUAUUACCAUCACAAGCACACCUGCUAAGAUCAUGUUUAUUCUUAGUCUCAGAAUGCACUUGUCUACAAUUACCUAUUAUCUGCAAGAAUUCCAGAACUAAUGAAAAGGUUGGUGGCAGGUUAAGCUGAACCAUAUACCAUAAUAUACACUACAGUAUAAAGCACAACUCGUAUGUUUCCUUUUAAAUUCAAUAUAAUCUAAAAAGGGACAUAUAUAUAUAUAUAUUUUGUCUUUGAUAUAUGUAUGUGUGUGUGUGUGUGUGUGUGUGUGUGUGUGUGUUUACGUAUGUGUGUGGAUUUGGGAGUGUUAUAGCGCAUGACUAAAUCAGUUACUGGGGUCAAACAGGUGGUGGUGGGGGGGGGGGGGGGUCACUGCAAAAGUCCCCAAACUGCCGCAGUCACAUCAAGACCAGUUUACUUGUCUGUUUACAGAAACACAAUCUGAAAUUCCAAUGAAAACAGAGCACAUCACUGCCCAAAAGGAUUGAGUGACACUAAUGACAUUCAAAUAAGAUUUGGAUUGUAACGCCAAUGAAAAAUUGACUCGUCAAAGUCCAUUAUGGCACAAAUGAGAAAUGAUAUAAAGCACAAAAUGCAUGGCACAAAAAAGAUAAUGAGCCGAUUUGGGGUAAGUAGCGCAUUUCAAAUUAUGCAAACACCUUGAUUCCAAGAGAUAAUUGGAGACUCUCAGGCCUUGAUGUUUACUCCUGUACAAGGACACAUUUGCAGCAAUCCUCAUGUUUACGCCCUCACAUGAGCUCUUCACAUCAAGAAAUAUCCGCUUAAUAGCAUGAUCCAAAUUUUGAUUAUGACAAUGGCAAGCUUUUAGUUAAAAAAAACUUCCUGCACAAUUGUUUACUGUAUCCUCAAAAGACACUUUACGUCACACUUUUGUGUACGUGGGCCAAUAUCGAUUUGAUGAAAACACUAACAGAUGUAAGAGAAAGUACAGUGUCAGAUAGGAUUCAAGACAUGCACAGAGACAGACCAUAGAUAUUUAUACUUAUCUUCGAGAAGCCGCUGAAGAUUCUUGUUUUGCCAAACACAGCAAACAAUUCCAUAUUUUUAGCCAUCAGAGCCCAAGACUGUUUCUACAAACCCUUGAUGCUGCAGCUGUGUGCCAAUACUCACAACAGUGGACACAUACUCCUUCCAUUUUUCACCAGAAUCAGGUGAUGUAAACUUAUACUUCCCCUCGUCGAAGCAACAACACAAAUGGACGACUGUGUGUCCGUAUGAGUGAGAAUUCAGAUUUCUUUCUCAGUCUUGCGUCAUUCUCUCCUGUCUUGUUUCUCUUCAUUUGUGCUUGACUACAAAUUGAAAAUGUUUGCGUCACACUGAUCUAAAAGACAUACAAUGCAUGUCAGAAUAACAAUGGAGGCACAAAAUAUAUUGUGCACCACUUAGUAUAGUCGAGUUCCUGAAGUACAUGCACGCGAGGCAUCUUAGUCGGCUUCCACACCCCACAAUUUGGGGUACACAUAUGAACAAAACUUCAAGGUGACAAUAUAGUAACGCGCACAUCAUUGACAUCCUAACAGCCCCUUCCAAUUUGGCCAUUAUGGCCUUGUUACCUUCAGGAACAAAGCGUCUCCAUUAAGGAGACCACGGUCACCAUUGUGAUGACCUUUGGACCACUUAUUUGUUCAAAGUAUUUUAGAAGCAUGAAUAAAAUGAAAUUUUUUUUUUUUUGCACCACUAUCUUAAAAGCAUGAUAUUUGAAGUGCCUCCUUGCACUUUGUGUAUAUAUUGUAGUCGACAGUGUUUUGUUGUUGAUCUUUGUUUUCAUCCUUUUUUCCCUUUGGGGAAGUAUUGAAAUGGUUUGUAGGAACAUAGGUUUAUUGCUGUUACAUUCUAAAUGUAAUCCUCUAGAAGAUAUAUCAUCUAUAUCCUGAGUAGAACUAGAUUAGAGAAAAUGUAUAGGCAGGAAAUUGUGGAUUAAAUUGCUUGUUUGUUCAUUUUUUUUUUUAUUCUCUAAUAACUAGGUGCUUUACUUAUCUGUCACUCAACAAUAUACAGUAUAAAUAUCUUUUUUGUAUCUAAUGUAAGCCUUUUGAAUGUUUGUUCCAUGACAAUAUAAGCAGUGUGCAUUCACUUUCAUUGUACAUAAAUAGAUAUAUAAAUGUUCUGGUCCGUGGAAAUGCUGAAUAUCCUGAAGCAACAUGUGCAUGAGAAGGAUAAAAACAAGAGGGUGGGAAAAAGAGUAAGCGGGAGAGGGGUGGAGUUGUUUGUUAAACGGGGCCAACAUGACUUUAUUUGGAGGAGACGGCGAGAAAAGUUGCAAAAUAAAGGUGACGGGACUGUACGUAGGUUAGCGUGAAGAAUCAAAUGGCUCCAAGCAGAUGAUAAAUAAAUGACCAAUGAUCACAUUUUCCAAUUAUCACUUCACAAAAUUCAGCAACGUUCCUCAGGUGAAUCAUUGUGUUUGUUCAAUGGCGAGGACUGGCAUGUUCUCAUACACUAUACAAGCAUCAUGUUCAACCUGAUGCUCUGAUAGUAGCAUAUCAUGGAUCUCUAAACUGCUUUCAGGUUCUCUGUUGAAGUGCCACAACCUAUAGUGAGACUGGCAUACCAUCGCAAACAUAUCCCAUAGUAAACCUGCCUUUACCCACUUGCCUUUUUUCACUUUCUACGCACAAUAUGCACAAAAACCCACUUGGAACUGGUUGAGCUGAAAAAGGAAACGCUAUUGGCGCAAAGGGCCCUGAAGUACACCUUCACUCUAUUUUCUACUGAAAUGUGUUUUGUGAAAGAAACACCCC